AUGUUUACUAUUGAGAGUACUCGGAAACUACUUGUUGAGAUGAUUAUAAUAGAUGAGUUGCCAUUUAAAUUCGUGGAGAACCAAGGGUUUAAGAGGUUUGUGAAUGGGACUUUGACGUUAGUAGAACCUAAUUUUGUUCUUCCUUCUCGAAAAACAAUUGCUAAGGAUAUUUUGGGAAUUUAUGAUAUCACGAAAGAGACGUUGAAAGACAUUUUUGUGAAAAAAGGAUAUAAAGUGCCACUCACAACCGAUACGUGGUCAUCAAUCCAAAAUAUGAACUAUUUGGUUUUGAUUACACACUUUAUUGAUAAAGUUUGGAAAUUACAUAAGAGAAUUCUUAAUUUCACCCAAAUUGAGAAUCAUAGAGAGGAGAGGAUAGGAAAAGAGGUUGAGAAAUAUCUAAAACAGUGGAGUAUUGAAAGGGUUAUGACAUUGACAGUUGAUAAUGCUUCGUUAAAUGAUACUGCCAUUGCUUAUUUGAAGAAGCGUUUUAAGCAUAGGUUAGUGUUAGAUGAUGUCGUGAGGUUUGUUAGAACUUCUCCUGCUAGACUUGCCACAUUUAAGAAGUGUAUCAAAGAGGGGAACAUAGAUAGUAAAAGUAUGUUAUGUCUUGAUGUUCCAACUAGAUGGAAUUCUAUUUAUUUGAUGCUUGAGGCCGCUGUAAAAUUUGAAAAGGCAUUUGAAAGGUUAAAAGACUACGACACAGUCUACAUGAAUGAGAAAGAAAAACUAAUCACCAGUGUAACUGGAAGUAAGGUAGAGGGUGUUUUGAGAGCAUUGUUCAAUGAAUAUAAUUUGUCACUAUCAGUUGCUAAUAAGAGUCAAUCUUCAUGUACCAUUAAAAAUUCUCCAUUUAGAACUACAAGUGCAAGUGCUUCAAAGAUUUUUCGUUUUGAUUUUGAAGAUUUGGAUGAAGAUGAUUUGCAAAGUGUGGAUUCAGAAGUUGAUAUUUACUUACUAGAGCCUCGUGUUAAACGUGAGGAUAACUUUGAUAUCUUAGAUUGGUGGAAGGGAAAUUCUUCUAGAUAUAAGUGA